AACUAAAACUCAGAAAGGCAGUCGGUAAACAGAAGAGCUGGUUCCUGCCUUCUAGGGGGUUUGCCAGGUUCGUGAGAAGUCCUAAUGUGUCACAGGGCAGACCGUCGUGAGAGACGUCAGGACAAGGAUGUUUCACUUAAGGACUUGUGCUGCUAAGUUGAGGCCAUUGACGGCUUCCCAGACUGUGAAGACAUUUUCACAAAACAGACCAGCAGCAGCUAGGACGUUGGGGCAGAUUCGGUGCUUUACCGCCCCCGUUGCUGCUGAGCCCUUCCUCAGCGGGACUAGUUCCAACUAUGUGGAAGAAAUGUAUUAUGCGUGGUUGGAAAACCCCAAAAGCGUACACAAGUCAUGGGACAUUUUUUUCCGCAACACCAAUGCUGGAGCGCCGCCGGGCACCGCCUACCAAAGCCCGCUCCCCCUGAGCCCGGGCUCCCUGUCUGCCAUGGCGCGAGCACAGCCCCUGGUGGACGCCCAGCCCAACGUGGACAAGCUGGUGGAGGACCACCUGGCAGUGCAGUCUCUCAUCAGAGCCUACCAGAUACGAGGGCACCAUGUAGCGCAGCUGGACCCCCUGGGGAUUUUGGACGCCGAUCUGGACUCGUCCGUGCCCGCUGACAUUAUCUCCUCCACAGACAAACUUGGGUUCUAUGGCCUGGACGAGUCCGACCUGGACAAGGUCUUUCACCUGCCCACCACGACGUUCAUCGGGGGGCAGGAGUCGGCUCUUCCUCUUCGGGAGAUCAUCCGGCGGCUGGAGAUGGCCUACUGUCAGCACAUCGGGGUGGAGUUCAUGUUCAUCAACGACCUAGAGCAGUGCCAGUGGAUCCGGCAGAAGUUCGAGACGCCCGGGGUCAUGCAGUUCACCAGUGAGGAGAAGCGGACCCUGCUGGCCAGGCUCGUGCGGUCCACCAGGUUUGAGGAUUUCCUGCAGCGAAAGUGGUCGUCUGAGAAGCGCUUCGGUCUGGAAGGGUGCGAGGUGCUGAUCCCUGCGCUCAAGACCAUCAUCGACAAGUCCAGUGAGAACGGGGUGGACUACGUGAUCAUGGGGAUGCCCCACAGGGGGCGGCUCAACGUGCUUGCCAACGUCAUCAGGAAGGAGCUGGAACAGAUUUUCUGUCAGUUCGAUUCCAAGCUGGAAGCCGCUGAUGAGGGUUCUGGGGACGUGAAAUACCACCUGGGGAUGUACCACCGGCGGAUCAACCGCGUGACCGACAGGAACAUCACCCUGUCACUGGUGGCGAACCCUUCCCACCUCGAGGCCGCCGACCCCGUGGUGAUGGGCAAGACGAAGGCGGAGCAGUUCUACUGCGGGGACACAGAAGGGAAGAAGGUCAUGUCUAUCCUUCUGCACGGAGACGCCGCCUUUGCCGGCCAGGGCAUCGUGUAUGAGACCUUCCACCUGAGCGACCUGCCCUCCUACACGACUCACGGCACCGUCCACGUGGUCGUCAACAACCAGAUCGGCUUCACCACGGACCCGCGCAUGGCCCGCUCCUCGCCCUACCCCACUGACGUGGCCCGCGUUGUGAAUGCCCCCAUUUUCCACGUGAACUCGGACGACCCAGAGGCCGUCAUGUACGUGUGCAAGGUGGCGGCCGAGUGGCGGAGCACCUUCCACAAGGACGUGGUGGUGGACCUGGUGUGUUACCGGCGCAACGGCCACAACGAGAUGGACGAGCCCAUGUUCACGCAGCCCCUCAUGUACAAGCAGAUCCGCAAGCAGAAGCCCGUGCUGCAGAAGUACGCUGAGCUGCUGGUGUCCCAGGGCGUGGUCAACCAGCCCGAGUACGAGGAGGAAAUCUCCAAGUACGACAAGAUCUGUGAGGAGGCCUUCACCAGGUCCAAGGAUGAGAAGAUCCUGCACAUCAAGCACUGGCUGGAUUCCCCCUGGCCCGGCUUCUUCACGCUGGACGGGCAGCCGAGGAGCAUGACCUGCCCCUCCACGGGCCUGACGGAGGACAUCCUGACGCACAUCGGGAAUGUGGCCAGCUCCGUGCCCGUGGAGAACUUCACCAUCCAUGGAGGGCUGAGCCGCAUCCUGAAGACCCGCGGGGAGCUGGUGAAGAACAGGACCGUGGACUGGGCUCUGGCGGAGUACAUGGCCUUCGGCUCGCUCCUGAAGGAGGGCAUCCAUAUCCGGCUGAGCGGCCAGGAUGUGGAGCGCGGCACCUUUAGCCACCGCCACCACGUGCUCCAUGACCAGAAUGUGGACAAGAAGACCUGCAUCCCCAUGAACCACCUCUGGCCCAACCAGGCCCCCUACACCGUGUGCAACAGCUCGCUGUCUGAGUACGGGGUCCUGGGCUUUGAGCUGGGCUUUGCCAUGGCCAGCCCCAACGCCCUGGUCCUCUGGGAGGCCCAGUUUGGGGACUUCCACAACACGGCCCAGUGCAUCAUCGACCAGUUCAUCUGCCCGGGACAGGCCAAGUGGGUCCGGCAGAACGGCAUUGUGCUGCUGCUGCCCCAUGGAAUGGAGGGCAUGGGCCCAGAACAUUCCUCCGCCCGGCCGGAGCGGUUCCUGCAGAUGUGCAAUGAUGAUCCGGAUGUCCUGCCGAACCUGGAGGAAGCCAACUUCGACAUAAACCAGCUGUAUGACUGCAACUGGGUUGUCGUUAACUGCUCCACUCCCGGCAACUUCUUCCACGUGCUGCGGCGUCAGAUUCUCCUGCCCUUCCGGAAGCCGCUAAUCAUCUUCACCCCCAAGUCCUUGCUGCGGCACCCCGAGGCCAGAACCAGCUUCGAUGAGAUGCUCUCAGGAACCCACUUCCAGCGGGUCAUCCCAGAAGAUGGCCUUGCAGCCCAGAACCCAGAAAACGUCAAGAGACUUCUGUUCUGUACGGGCAAGGUGUACUAUGACCUCACCCGGGAGCGGAAGGCACGGGGCAUGGCGGAGCAGGUGGCCAUCACGAGGAUCGAACAGCUCUCCCCAUUCCCCUUCGACCUCCUGCUGCGGGAGGUGCAGAAGUACCCCAACGCCGAGCUGGGCUGGUGCCAGGAAGAGCACAAGAACCAGGGCUACUACGACUAUGUGAAGCCCAGGCUGCGGACCACCAUCAGCCGCGCCAAGCCCGUGUGGUAUGCCGGCCGGGACCCCGCCGCCGCUCCAGCCACCGGCAACAAGAAGACCCACCUCACGGAGCUACAGCGCCUCCUGGACACGGCCUUCGACCUGGACGCCUUCAAGAACUUCUCGUAGACGCCGCCUGGGCCGCUGCCCUCCACAGCCACGGCCGCCCCUCGCUUCUCAACUAAAGAAUAGUGCCUCAGCGCUGCCCGCACCUCUGCCCGUCUGCUGCACCGCACUCCCCCUCUCCCGCUUACCCAUUAGGCUGCUGUCCCCCGUGUGCUUGGCUGCUCCCCCAGGCCAGAGGCCCCCAGGCGCUGUGACUUCCGUGCGGCUGAGCAUCCUUCGUGGAGGCCGCAGGGAGCAGGAGGAGAGGGAGCCCCUGCAGGUGUCCUGGGAGGGUCAGCUGUGCCCCAGCCCUCCCGCUGCCCCCGCAGGACCAGCCUCGUGUGGCCUCCCAGGUACCAGCCGUCCUGGUCGCCCAGCACAGGGGCUGGUGCACCUGGACAAAGUGGCCACCUCUUCCCAGCCCGAGCCCCAGGCCCCUCAGAGGGAGCCGUCGCUGUCCAGACUUCACGGGGUGGGCUGGGCUCUGGUGGGACUCUCCCUGUGCAUAGAGCCGUGGCACUGCUUGGGGCGGCUGGCAGGAGGGGGGCCUGUGCCCGGCCUGGUACAGAGAGGGCAGGUCCGCUCUCUGCAGUGUCCACUCCCACCCCUCGAGAGGGUCCCGGACCACGGGUGGAGGCCGUGCAGGUUUCACCCACCUGGGGCUCAGGGCUCAGGCCAGGCUGCUGCCCGCCCGCCCGGCAGGCUGGCUCACUCCGACACUGUGGAGACGGAAGGGUUCUUCUCUGUGCCGCCACGCCACAGCUGGUCGGGAGGGGAGAGGAAUGCCAGGGCCGACAGGCAGCUGGAGGAGAGGGGUGGCUUCCCUCAUCCGUCACAGGGACAGAUCUGAUUUAUUUAUUUUGGUUAAAAAAAAGAACAAAACAACUUUGCAUUGCAUUUGGCUUGACCCAUAAACGAAGUUACCCUUGG